AUGCAGAGCGCCAGUAUGAUGGUGCCGGAAGCUUCCUAUCCGGGCUUGAAACCGGGUGAAGUUUCGACAGGUACCACCAUUAUGGCCAUUCCCACAGCGGAGGGUGUUGUUUUGGGAGCUGAUUCACGCGUUUCUACGGGGACAUACGUGGCCAACCGCGUUUCCGACAAGAUUGCACAAAUGUCUGAUCAUAUCUUUGCCUGCCGUUCCGGAAGUGCUGCCGAUACUCAAGCAUUGACCGAUUACGUCAAGUUUUACUUGCAGCAAUUGACUGUCGAAACAGGACGUCCUCCCCGUGUCAAGACGGCAGCACACCUCAUGCAACGACUGUGUUACGAAAACAAGGACAAUUUGAUGGCGGGCGUGAUUGUAGCGGGAUGGGACCCGGUUGACGGAGGCUCUGUCUAUUCUAUUCCUUUAGGCGGCACUUGUCUAAAAGUUCCGUUUGCUCUGAGCGGCUCGGGAUCAACCUACAUCUACGGAUUGGUGGAUUCCGAAUACAACGAUAGCUUGUCUCUUCAGGAUGCACGAACCUUGGUGAAGAAAGCUAUUUCGCAUGCCAUGGCACGGGACGGUAGUUCGGGUGGUAUCAUCCGCACAGUGGCGGUAACGUCGGAGGGUAACAAUCGCGACUAUACGCCGGGUAAUCAGCUACCCUUUGGGCCAGUCGGAUAUUAG